CUGGCGACCAGAAAGCUACUCAAAACGAACGAUGUUCACACUGACAAAUGCGACCGACGAGUCGCUAAACCGAAAUGUCUCGCGAUAUGCCGUUGACGUCUGCUUGAAAUGUCAUCGCCACGUAAACUAAACGUCAGCUGUUCCUUCGCAUCUGAUUGGUUCAGCUGCUCUGCGACUGCGGUCGCGCGACUGAAAAAUCGAGCAGUGAGCGACUGUCCCGAAACGGUCGCAUUUCGAUAAAAGCGACCAUUUGCGACUACUUGCGACUACUUGCGACUAACUUGGUCGCGCGACCUCGCCUUGUCGCAAGUUAACUGUUAAACGCUUAUUUUGUGACUGCUUACGAGUGCGCUUUCACUUCGUCCAGGGCAAUGGACGCGAAACUAUUACCGCAUUGUGUACCAGGAUAAUGUAUUCCUAUGGUCUAAGCAGUGCUCGGCUGAAGUCAUCAGCCGCGGAUAUCUUCCAGAUAAAUGACAGUGUUACACAUUCACAGCAUUUUCAUGAUUUGAUGCCAUUGUAACUACUGAGCGCAUCAGCCAUGAUCCACUUAAAAAAAAAUUAUGGGGUUUUACGUGCCAAAACCACCAUUUGAUUAUGAGGCACGUCUAGUGGGGGACUCCGGAUUAAUUUGGACCACCUGGGGUUCUUUAAACCAUGAUCCACUUUGAUGGAAACGUAUAAAAGCCUCGUUAUUUUUUAUCCGACUAGAAAGUCGCAGAAGUCUGUAAACAGUUAAUUUAUUUUUUUCGGGAACUUCUCCAGAGUGAUCAAGACUAAAACAUACUAAUAAAAUUGUAGGGUGUAACGUCCCGAAACUGCACGCCGUAGUAAAAGGCUCCGGAUUAGUUUAGGCCACCUGGAAUUAUUUGGAUGCACGUGAAUUUAUGUAUAUGAGCAAUGUAAUAAUAGAACGUAAUAAGGCCAGACCAGCACAUUUUUUGCGAAAUUCUAUUGAACAUGCAUGGUACCAUGAAAUCGAAUCAAAAGUAACUGGUAUGUUUAAUUUGUUGUAAUACCGGUGUCACGUGACCACUUUUGAUCGCGAUCAAGCCCAAUCUGGGUCACAAUUCCCGACUGCGAUCGGCCCCCUCGCGCGGCUUGCGCAAAGCAGUUCAAAUCAAUCAGAUGUUUGAGAAAUAUAAUUGUCACUGGCCAGUUUCUCUCUCUCUCUCUCUCUCUAAUGUGUACAAAACUGCCUCUUCUCCAGUACUGCCCGUGUAACACUUUUUCUGCAAAUAAAUAUUUCUUAGUUUCUCUACUUCUCUUUGUUCAUGAGAACAAAGCAUCGAAGAAGAAGAGGAGGAAGUCGUGCAGAAAUGCUAACACAAUCGAAGGAUUCUGGAAAGUUAGUACAGCACCCAGCAUCACUGGUUGAUAGCACUGGUGAAAUUAAAGAAAGAGCCUCCAACUCUUCACCGACCACCUUGCUUUUGUUGCUUGUGGUGCCGAUAGUGCUAGUGCUGUUCGCGGACUUUGCCUUUGCCGUUGCCACGAAAUCAUCAGAGGCCCAAGCAGGACACAGAGCAGCAGUAAGGACCGCUGACACCAGCUCAAGUGGAGAGAGUGCUUCUGGUGGUUCCGUUGCCGAUGCUAAAGUAAAGGACGAGGGAAAGACCUUGAUGAGCCGAAAUUCAACGGCAAAAGCUCAUACUGCUCAGAAAAAGCAUGAUUUAGUGUCAAAAGAGUCUGCCACAAGAAGGAACAAACGGAGCACAGGCCAAAGAAGCAGAAAGUCAAACAAAAGCUAUGUACCAGGAGGCCAUCAGCAAAGAAGCACUUUUAGCCUCAGAACAACCGAAGUCGUGUACACGGAACCUUCACAGGACAUGAAACAGCGAUGAGCGAGCUAGAAGAAACCACACCAGAAGUCUAGUUCUGCAUUCAACGCUUACAUAAAAGUUGAUUAAAAUGGAUCAGAUCACGCUGUUGCAGUUUAGUUGCACUGUACAGGUGCUGUUUCAUGCAUUAAGAACA